CUCAGGCGUCGCCAGUAUGGGUUUGGAUUACGACAAUUCGGCCUUUUACUAUUUCAGCAUGACCAUGCUGGGAAUUUACGUCAUUCCAUCGACAUGGUGGGCGCUUGGGUACAUAUAUCGUGCGUUGGUGCCCGGGCAGCGACUUGGCGAAGAGGUGCGGACGAGUCUAGAGAAGGACAAGGCAAAGCAGCUCAGGGAGCGCCGGUCAGCGCGCAAGUUGCUGACAAAGACAUCCUUUCUUCUUCACAUCGCACUUUUGACUGUAGCCUGGGCGAUUCUCUUGAUGUUGAUACGAGCCCUGACCUUCGAUGCGGAGCUUGCGUCCUUCGAUCCCUUUAAGAUUCUCGGCGUGGACCCAAAUGCCGAAGACAAGGAAAUUCGCAAAGCUUACCGCAAACUGUCACUCGAGUAUCACCCGGACAAGAAUCAAGGGAACAAACUGGCGGAGGAGAUGUUUAUGAAGGUUGCCAAGGCGUAUGAGGCAUUGACAGAUGAAGAAGCCAAGAAAAAUUGGCUGGAAUAUGGCAAUCCAGACGGCAAGCAGUCCCUUGAAGUGUCCAUCGGCCUUCCCACUUUCCUCCUGGACGAGUCAAACCAUUACGCCAUCCUCUGUAUCUAUCUUGGAAUCCUUGUCGUAAUCAUCCCAGCUAUUGUUGCCGCAUGGUAUCAACACUCCCGAAAAUUCGGGGAGAAUAAUGUCAUGUAUGAGACAUAUAGCUUCUUUUUGCACGUACUCUCCGAGCACUCGACGGCAAAAAUGUUGCCAGAGGUUCUCGCAGGCGCUGCAGAAAAUCGGUCAGCCGUUAGUAUCGGCGACGGGACUAAGCAAGCUGAGCUCGUACGUCUUAUUGCUAAACUGAGGCAAGGAUUGAUGCACAAGCCGCGUUUCGAGCAUCCAGCAGUCCUGAAGGGUAACGCUUUGCUCCAUGCUCACAUCCACCACCUCGAGCUCUCACCCACGUUACAGUCGGACCUACGCAGUAUUUUAGUCAAUGCACCUGUCCUUAUUGAUGCCAUGAUGGAACUUGCGCAGUCGCAGCGGUGGAUGCAGACUUCGGUGAACGUGGUCGACUUUUCGCAGUAUCUGACACAAGCGCUUUGGAUCAAAGAUCACUCGCUGAUGCAACUACCGCAUAUUGGUGAGAAAGAGGUUCAGCACUGUGUUAAGGGUAAAGGUGCUGUCAAAACCCUCCGAGAAUACCUUGACGUUGCCGAUGAGGAGAAAAAAGGUCUUGCUGCCAUGUCGGACAUGCAAUGCGCCGACGUCAUUCGCGUCUGCAACUUGAUGCCUGCCCUGCGAUGCAAGUUCAAACUUUAUGUUGAGGAUGAGGCUGAAAUUGCUGAACGCGACCUCGUUACCCUGCUUGUGGCAUUCGAUCGGACGAAUUUGGCCGACGGAGAGAUGGCGCCACCUGUCCAUGCACCCAAGUUUCCCGCAGCUCGCCUUGAGACCUGGUGGGUCCUAGUCUCAGACCGAGCCGGCAAUCUAAUACUCGCCGACAAAAUUGUUACCCAGACGAAGAUUGUCGAUCACCAUGUCAAGUUCCUCGCACCACCCCAAGCUGGAACUUAUGUUUUCAAUGUUGAUCUCAAGUCUUCGGACUACCUUGGCCUUGACAUUCGUGAACAGGUGAAAAUGAAUGUCAUUCCUGCAGCCCAGCUGCCCGAGUAUGCUGCUCACCCUGAUGACCUCAAUCUUGAUGAUGAGCCCACGCUCUUUGAACAGAUACGGACUCUGAGACAGACGACGACGAUGAUGAUGAACAUAAUGCUGAUGAUAAGGAUACCACAGACCUACGAGAUGAAGCUGCUUUGACUGAGGCUGAGCGCCGCCGACGAAAAGCUCGCAUUCAGCG